GAAGGAAGGAAUCGGGAGCGCUUUUUCUGGGAGAGAUCUGGAUGGUUUUUCACCAUCUAAAAGUCAGGAUCUGGAUGUGAAAGAGGGAGCGAGGAACCAGGAUACAGCAAACGCUGAUGCAGAGUUCUCAAAGCCUGCUCCCGUGGAGGAUUCUCAGCGGCCCAGCUCCCCUCCGUCCAAGCCGGUGGCAUUCGAGCAGUUCAAGGAGGAGUGUGGAAGUGAGAUCAACCGGAUCUUUAAAGAGAACAAAAGCAUCCUCCUUGCCAAGAAAAAGAGAAGCAGUACGGUAGCGCAGAGGAUCAACUUCAUCAAGCGCGAGAUGGAGGACAUCAGAACGACUCUGGAGGCUCGGAAGCAGGAGCGGUGGCAGCAGGGAGAAUAUGUUGAUGAGGAAGGACAGAUCAUAAUUGAUGAGAAGGAGUUUUUACUCAUCUUGAAGCUGAAAGAGCUGAAGGAAGAGUACAGGUCUAGUUAUGAUGAGCUGCAGGACCUGAAGGCAGAAAUUUCCUACUGCCAGCAUCUGGUGGACCAGUGCCGGAACAAACUCAUCUCAGAGUUUGAGAUCUGGUACAGCGAGUCCUUCCUUAUCCCCAAGGAUGUGCAGGAAGCUCUGAAGCCCGGUGGCAACAUCAGACCUGGAAUGAUUCCCAUAAACAGAGUCACGUGCCUGGAGGAAGACGAGCAGGAGAGGUUUGAGCGGAUGCAGGAGACAACACUGCCAGCCUGCCCGGCUUCCGUCUCCUUCUACAGGGCCAAAAUGAAGACUGAUCAAAAGCGCAUGUACACCAGAGCCAUGUCGUCCCUCAAGCGAACGUGGAAAAAACCCGGGCUCGUCAUGGCUCCCGGGAAGAAUAAACCCCUGUCGUUCCUGCACAUCGUGUAG